AUGCCCUUCGUCAUUCCAGUGGCUGGUGGUGCUGCCGCAGGCUCAGCGAUUCACUCCCCCUUCUCAGGGAGACACAGAGUCUCCUCUUCCUCUUCCCACAGCGUAGCUGAUGGCAAUGGCUUAGAACACAGGCCGGCGCAGCGGCAGCAACGCGCACCGGCCCCCUCUGUGCCGAUCUCCCACAGCACGUUUGUGCAAGGGGAUCGAUACGGGGUGGACACGUCCGCCAAAGUGCGCCGCAGCCCUCCGUCUCAGAAGGAGCGCCAGUUCGAGAAAAAGCCUUACGAGUGCCGUCGCGUCAUCCCGACCCCGCCGCACCGGCAGCUUUUUCUUGUUGACGGCUACGGCAGAGCAGGCGCCCUUGAUACGCAGGGGCACGAGAGUUUACUCGCUACGUAUUCGAUGGAUGACGGCUGCAGUGGUAGCCCCAGCGGUGUUUAUGGUGAGGUGGCGCGUGCGGGAACGUCAACCGCGGCUCUGUCGGACCGCGCUGGCACCAGGGUAUCUGCCCCCACGUACAUGUCGUCUGACACCCCUCCUUCCGCCACAUCCCGUGUCCAGCUCUCCAACAGCUCAUCGGGUGUUCGCAACGUGCAGGCUGCUUCACCAGCGCACAGUCCUGGGGCACCAUUCUCGACAGCCACCGCUUUUUCUCCAGACCCCAAUAGCAGCGACCGAAAGCACGAGCAGCCCGAUAAGUUGCUUGCGAAACAGCGCUUCGACGAGCCGGUGGAGCUCCAGGUGGAGUCCAUCUCCGCCUAUGCAAUGCGGUUCACCCUUGUGCUGUGGUACACGAGCCUCGCCGUGGCUCUCGUCGUUCAAGUCAUUCCUAAGGCGCAGUGGUCGAUGGUGAACAUCUGCGGCGCAGAUUACGGCGUAGACCUGCGGUACAUGGACAAGUGGACGAGCCCCUGUGUGAGUUCGACGCCCACUGUAGCGCCCAAUAACACCCUCACUACCCUAGCGACGGUGUCGCUUAGGUGGGCAGGCGCGAACUUGACCCGCCAGCAGAGCAGUAUGGUACGCUACCGGCGUCUGGUGCUGAGUCUGCCUCCGCCGGCCGACCAGGCGAGUAGGGUGCAGGAGUAUAACCUCGUCGCCCAGACUCGCAUUUCGGGCGACGGUGCCGAGCGGGUCUCGGAGUACCCCUUCACGAUGCGCUGCGACAGGACGAAGCGCCGAUGCGACGUGGCGCGUGUGCCGGAGCUCUUGCUCGGCAGCGCGCCAAAGUUUGCGGGCGAGUUCAGCGUUACCCUAGCCUUGGUACCGGAAUCGCUGGCGGCUGGGGCGGCCGGUGGCUCCGUUGGCAUUGCCUACCAACGCUCUGCCUACACGCUUGCCACCAUCGUGUGGCGCUACGUGCUUAUGUUCUUAUCGCUGAUUCACACGCUACGCUUCGUCGUGUACUGCAAGUACACGGGCACCCUGUACGAGCAGAGGUGGACGCUUAUACUUCAAGUGGCACUGCUGUGGUACAUGAACCCGCUGUUCGCGCUGAACAUCACGAAUUGGCCCUUGUUCACCACACUCGCGUUCAUGGAGUAUCGUACUCCCACCUACUUCAUGGCGGUGUUUAUUGCGUACAUGCUCUCCGUUAUGAGUGCCUCGAUGAUGUGGACCCGCCCCAAAGAGGCGCAGCCGAAUGUCGGUGCCUUUGCCAAGCUCAAGGCCUUCCUCGUGCGAAGCAGGAACGUGUGCGACCCACCCAUGUGGACCAAGUUACUCAUCUCUGCCUACAUGCUCAGCAUCGUUGUGCUGGACAUCAUUGAUGCGUGCGUGCACCGGUACGUGUGGAACUCCACCUCAAACAGCGAAGCACAGUUCAAGCCGCUCUACUGGUUCGUCGUCGCCCUCCAGAUUGCUGGCAUUUUCGUCUGUCUGUUGCUCCUCUUCUACCUGCGCAGGUACCUCGGGAGCAAGCCGUACUUGGAAAGCCGUCCUCAACAGCUUGCCUGUCGCGUGUUCUUGAUGAUCUUCCUGUCCGCCAUCGUGUACUGCGUCAUUCACUCUCUCGUGUUCUUCCUGCUAUACAACCGCGGCUACCCGGCGCUGACCUCGCAGCAACCCUUACUGCAGCUUCCGAUCUUGCUAGUUGCGGCCUUAUUUGUGAACAUCAUGACGCUCGUCUACACCUCGCAAAACCGCAAUGAAAGUGUCCCAAUCCACCCAAAGGACCCGCGUUGGAAGCAUGUGGUGUGGCCCGACUCGUGGUACCGCUGGUUGGCGCGACACGGCGGCAGCCAGUACAUCUUCGCUACGGAACGGGAGGAGAUGCGGUUUUACCGCAUUCAGCUUGAAUUCCGACGUCGGCAGUUCUUGGCGAAACAGAAACGUCGCCAGAAGGGGGGUGGGCUGUUGGCGAGCCUCGUAUCCACCAUGGCUGGCUCUGCUGUCGCCACGCCGCGGGAGGUUACACAGGGCGCAGUGCCGCUCAGCGUGCAAUCCCCUAUCCAUGACCUGCAGAGUGACGGCCACCGUACGGCGAGGUCGCUGCAACGGAGUGGCAACGCUGUCACGUCGUGGCGCACGGAUGUAUGGGAGUCGCCGCGGCCGAGCAGCCAUGUGGGCGCAGCAGACAUGGACGACACCGCUGAUGAUGGCGGCAGCCAGCACUGUAGCGAGUCACCCGAUGUGCAGGACAACGACUGUGUCACCGUCAACCCCACGCGCCGCGGUCGCCGGUCGGAUGCUCUGGUAGCAUGGGGAGCACGCCACCCGGCCGUCGCGUGUAGUCCGCCGCGUCGCUUUGACGAUGACGGUAACUCUCUUGCUGCGACCACCACACUCGACAUGCAGAGCAGUGGGUGUUGGGGCGGGGGUGUUGAUGUAGGCUCGAAUGGCUUGACGCCAGUUAGCAUAGCGGCGCGACACAUCAUCAAUAUGGAUCGCUUCAGCAGCUACUUUUUACCAGACGACGACGAUAUGACUGGCAGUGGCGAGGGAGGCGCUGCAGAGUCGUACUCUGGCAUCACGCGCCAUAAGUCAUCAGCCGGAGACGCGUACGCUGUUGAGGGCCCUGCGCGGCGGCGGUCUCGCAUGCUGCAGAACGCAUGCGCCGCGCGAGGUCGUGACGGCAGAGACGCCAGUAUUAGGGUCGGCAGGCCCUUACAGUGCCAGGCAUCGUGGACAGCGAAUGCCUUGAUGCGCACAUAUAGCGGUUUCAACCGCCGCGACGGCUGUACCUCUCUCUCACAGGCGCAGUCGGAGCUCGCUAGCGGGUGUCAGCACCAUGCACGAUCCCGCUCGGAUGGGGACAUGCCCCUUAACUCGCCAGGGAAUGGGGACACAGGGGUGGCCAUGUGCCACUGCAAUACCCCUCCCCGGCAUAACACGCCUCUACUGGCGCAGCGGUCACGCUACCAGGAUCCCUCCAGUACUGUAGGCGUAACAGGCAGUAUUGAGACACCCGUGGUAGCGACCUCGAGGCCACCGCGGGCAGCAGCUGAGGGUUCAGCUGAUAUUUUAGUAUUGUCGCAAGCCGCGAGUGAUAGGGAGCGGGGCAAGGAUGGACAGCGGCAACAAGGCGAAACUGGAGUCGCGUUAAGCGCCUGCAAUGGCGUCUUUGCGCGCCAGCGCGAUCAUAUGCAGUGCGCAGUGCUUCAGUCGCAGCCGCCGACCGCAGAUGCAGCCGGUACCAACGAUGGCAGAAAUGUCAAACGAACGCCGUUUGCUGACAAGGAUGACCCUCUUGCUCUGUCAUCCCGUUCGCCAAUGUUGGCGGCCGAUCCGUCUUCUGCCGCGCCAGUGAGCGACGCUGGCGAGGACAGCGCACGACAACGCUCUGUGCACGGCGAGACCGGAAGUUGUCCGUGCAGGUGGCACUCUGGCGGCCACGAUGCGCUGUCCAACAUCUCCUUCCGCACCUCGAGCGACAGCAAAAGUGACCGCGCGCUUGGUGGCACUCGCUCUCUCCUGGGUACCCUGACCCUGGCACGAGAGCGCCUCGGGGCGCUGAUGGGGACGGUGGAGCGGAACCUGCUGGAGCGGCCGGUUCGGGGGCUGGACUGGCUGGAGGCACACAUCUUCGAGGCAGCGCAUCGGUAUUUUCAGGAAAUCCAGUAUUUGCCCUUUUUCAACCUCGAGACCGCCAUCGACUGCUUCAACAUCUCUUGGGAGGCCUACAGAGUGGAGGAAAGCACUGAUGACCAGGCGAUUGAGACGGGUAGCAAGGUGACACCGAAGAAUUUUCCUCGCACAGUGGCUCACCUUAUUAAGCAGGUUCUCUGCGGCUGCUGUCCCGCAGAGGAAGACACGGGCGACGACGCCGAGGACGGCAGCGAAGGAGAGGCAGAAGACGAGGACGAACGCACGUGGGAAGCCGUUGAGCAAGUUCGCGGCGGCGCUGAGAGGACUGCGGCAGCUGUGUCUGCCAUCGGCGGCGAUCGCACGGAGCAGGGGCGGCACCCACACUCCACGCCACGCAGGCGCGGGUCGAAUGUGGUUAUUGUGCACAUGGGCGCCGGGGGCGGCGGCGGCGCGGCGCGGGGUGGUGAUGAUGGGGUCGCUACCUCACAGCCAACCUCCACGUCCGCACUCGCCGCCAGGAGCCCCUUGGGCCAUCCCGUGUUGUCACCCCCGGGGCCUGAAGUGGGGGUGGCAGUGCAGAGGACAGCCGCAGCCGCCCCCCACCGCACCGAGGCGCUGCCCAUGAACGUCGAGAAGUACGGUUUUGUGCGGCUACUGGUCGCGGAGGCGAGGGACGUGCAAGUGCUCAUGGUGAAGAUGGACACAAGCGCCCCAGAGCAUAAGGGCAAGGCGCCGCGUAUCAUCAUCGGCUUCCGCGGGACAGCAAACUUGAGCAACGCCUUGCACGACGUGAACAUCCACCGGGUUGUGUGGCGGGAGAUGGAGAAUGCAGACCGCCGAGAGGCAGCCAACGCGAUGGGCGAAGCGGGCACCGAGAGAGCGAGCACCGUCGGCGACGGCAGCACCACGGCUGCGCAGCACCUCGGCUGUGCGUCCUGCAUUCGCUCUUGCCUGUCCAGGGCGUCGUGGAGGCCCACCUGCCACGCCGGGUUUCUUACCAUUUGGAAAACGCUGAGGUCGACAGUCCUGUCGCGGCUGUGCGACAUUCUGCGCGACGACCGCGGUACCGUUUAUCGUAUCUUCACGACUGGCCACAGUCUCGGCGGCGCCUUGGCGUCUCUCUGCGCGUAUAGCAUCACCUACAUACUGAGGCGCAUGGACUACCCCAUCACAGACGUGACCGUCUACACAUACGGCCAGCCACGCAUGGGCAAUCGAACGUUCCAGCGUCUGUACAACAAAGCCGUUCCACGCACAUUCCGCGUUGUGAAUGAGAGCGACAUUGUCGUGGCUGUGACGAUGUUUGGGGGCUACCACGUUGGCAUCGAGGUGGACGUGGACCGCAACGGCAACUUUAUUGUGAAGCCGACAGGUAUCGAGAAGCUGUUUCUGCCAACGAGGGGGCGGGGCUUGAGAGUGAUUCACCAUCUUUUGACUAACUACGGGGUUUCGUUGAACGCAAUCGCCUCGCGGACCCCAUGUCCAGCGCGCGGGCUCGACUUCUACUUGACUGCCGACCCCAAAAAGGUGGAGGCCGAGGUGAAGAUGGAAGCGACCCCCACAGUGGAGUUGUAG